UUGAAGAAGGAAUCAUCACACACAGUUGUCCCAUCAUCUUCUAUCACCACGGUUACUUCUUUUCGACAAAGCUACAACAUACAGAAACAACUGCAGGAGUGAACAUGAAACUCUCAGAAUCUACAAAGAAGGAAUGUGCUGUUGUAUCGCCGAGGCCAAGGAGAUAUACAGCUGCUGAGUCUAUCAAGGGUCCCAGCAUCGGGGACACCCUUCCUAGCAGGAAAUCAGAGUUAAACCUCAGAAAAAGCCAGAGUCUCAAUCUGACAGAUUGCCAUUGCUGUGAGCAGGUUACCAGAAAGUUUGAAGAAUUUGAAACAGAACUUAAACAAACUAAAUGUGACCAUGCCCCGACACUCAAACAGAGACUGAUGGACCAAUUACAGCAGGUGUCUGUAACUCCAAAUCCUGUCCCAGGAAGGCCAAGGGCAGGGAUAGUGUCUUCUUCAGACGCCUUAAAAUACAAGAUGGUUGAACUUUCCCCUGGGUCACAUGUCUUUAUACAUCGUGACCAACAAGAUGCCGUCAUUGCUGCAGGAAGGAAACCUGGAGGUCGUGACCUAAAUGGAGAGAAGAUGGCUGCACAAUUACUGCACAUCUUCUUUCCUGAAGAGCUCACUUCAAACAAUAUGGAGGGGCCAUGUGACGAUAUUGUCCAGGCUGUUACAGCAUUCUGCCUUGCACGAAGUAGCAAGUCUCCAGGGAAAGUGAGAGCAUCUAUGUAUGCAGAACUUGCAACCAUGCAAGAGUCAUGAAUUUAUCCUAAAUACAUAUAGAAUAUAUUAUCAGAACUUAGUAAGUUAUUACAGAAUUAUCAGACUUUAUACAAUAUAUUGACAUAUCAGUGGAGUAUGCAACAUUUAAAGGCAUUAAUUUAAUGUACCUACGGUUUUCAUUUUCCCAGAAAAAAGGGUGGUUGCAUAUAUAUAUAAGGAGCGGGGCACUUAAUAUCAAAUACAUUUAUAUAUCAGUAUUUAAACAGCUCUAUUAUGACAUACGUACUGCUCAACAUCUAAUAUAUUAUAUAUUACCCUUGAAAGGUUUAUAUUAUAACACUAAUUUUUUUCAAGGCAGACAAAACUUCUGCCACUGAGUAUUUCUGGUGCAUUUAUUCAUGACCAUAAACUCUGUGGACCAUAGCUAUAUAGGUUAUUGGAUAAGGCAGUAUUUUAGGGAAUUUUUAUCAAUGACUUCAUUAAUACAUGUAUAAUUAGAGAAAUGAACAACAUAUAUAUAUACACAAAUAGGAAAAGAUUGAGCCUAAGUUCAGAAUCAAAUAUAAAUAAGGUUUACUGCAGGCAGAAAACAACCUGUGUACACAAUAUAUAUAUAUAUAUGAAUUUCCUGUCGUAGUUGUACCGAGAGAAAUAUAUAUAAUAUGUGUACAAUUCGUAUCAUGUAUGU